AUGGCCUCCACCACCUUUUCUAUUGACGUUCCUGUCUUUGGUGGCCAAGGCACUGCAGCUGCCAACUCGCCCCAGGUCCGCCAGCAGGCACUCGUCGACGCUUCUUCUCCUUCAGGCUCUCUUCUCCUUGCUGCAUGCCAUGCAGCAUUCCAGGCAGAAUUGAAGUCGCUCUCUUCCACAGAGUUCUCCCAAGUCGACAUUGACCUCUCAGACUUCCUCACCAAAGAGUCCAUCCUUGCAUUACCCUCCGAACGGUAUAUCCAUAAUGCAGUCAUUUCUGGGACCACCCUCUUCCUCCUACAGACCCUGCGCUACCUGGCGUACAUCGACGCAUUAGUUACUUCCAACGGGUCUCUCACCCCGUUCAGUGACGUUUUGAAAUCCAACUCUGUACACGGUGUCGGCAUUCUCGGAUUUUCAUCAGGCAUAUUGCCCGCGGCUGUUGUCGCUACCUCGUUUUCCAGCGUCUCUUUCCUCUCUAGAGCCGUGGAGGCAUAUCGUCUGGCUAUAUGGAUUGGUGUUCGCGCGCAGAUUUUCCGCGCCACGACACUUUCAGGCUCGCUGCCUGAAGCCGUCCACUCUUCUCCUUGGAGUCUUGUAUUCCUAGGAUUGAACAAACAAGAUGCAGAGGUUGCUAUUUCAGACUUCUCAAAGACUAUUGCUGAACCAUCCCCUCUUUACGUCACAGCAACGAUGGAUGCUAAUUCUGUUACCAUAUCAGGUCGCCCUGAUACACUCUCUACGUUUUCUGAGCAUGUUACAGCACACUCGUCAGCAGCUAGUAUCGUUGUACAUAAGACAACGCUCGACACCUUGUACCAUGCGCCACUUCAUGUGGCGGGGGCCCGGGAGGAGAUCCUCGCCGACGUCGUUCGGAGGGGCAUUCAAUUCCCGCAAAUGACGGAUAUCCAUGUUCCCUUCCGCUCUACGUUCACCGGCAAGGCGUUGAAGAAGGAUGUGAUUGGGUCACUUGUUGAGCUCGUUGUGGAUAUGGUUCUUUCCCAACCUGUCAACUGGGACUUGGUGACUUUAGGUGUUCUCAAGGACCUUCCCAAUGAUGCGUCUGUGCACCUGCUUAACGUCGGGCCUGGAACAGGUCUCUGUCGCGGUCUUGAAAGGGCCUUACGCAAAGAGCGCGUAAAACUGCUCGACCUUACGACAUUGGACGCGAAGGGCCUCUAUCAAUCGAAAGGAAAGCAGGAAGCUAUCGCUAUCGUCGGGAUGGCCGUCAAUAUGCCGGGAGCUCCCAACGUCUCUAAGCUCUGGGAAGUGUUGGAGCAAGGUAUUAACACGAUCAGUGAGAUUCCUGAGAACCGCUUCAAAGUUUCCGAUUACAAUGAAGCUAAGAACCCGAAACGGCAAAUGAAGGCACACACCGGUAACUUCAUCGAAGGUGCCAAUGAAUUCGAUAACCGCUUCUUCAAGAUCAGUCCUAGGGAGGCAAAGAGCAUGGAUCCUCAGCAGCGGGUUCUCCUUCACACCACUUACGAGGCCCUAGAAGAUGCCGGCUAUGUUCCAAAUGCGACUCCCUCAUUCAAUCCGGACACCUUCGGAUGCUACAUCGGUGUAGCUACCCACGAUUAUUUGCAAAAUCUACGUGACGAUAUUGACGUAUACUAUAGCACCGGCACUUUGAAAGCGUUCUUGAGCGGACGCCUGUCAUAUUCAAUGCAGCUCAGCGGUCCCUCUAUCGUUGUAGAUACCGCAUGCUCAUCAUCCGGUGUCGCCGUAUAUCAAGGAGCGCGCGCUCUCAUGAAUGGUGACUGUAAUGCUGCGAUCGUUGGCGGUGUCAAUGUGAUCGCCAGUCCAGACAUGUUCUUGGGACUCGACCGCGGUCAUUUCCUGAGUCCGACUGGACAGUGCAAAGCAUUCGAUGCAUCUGCCGAUGGAUAUUCCCGAAGUGAAGGUUGUGGAAUAUUCGUCUUGAAGCGUCUUUCUGACGCUAUUGCCGAGAACGACAACAUUUGGGGUGUCAUCCGAGGCGUCGAGGUCAACCAGAGUGGUUUGGCUCACUCGAUUACCCAUCCUCACGCUCCCACCCAGAUUGCUCUCUUCAAACGGCUGUUAGAGAACACAGGCAUUGACGCAAGCCGAAUCAAUCUUGUCGAAGCUCAUGGAACUGGAACUCAAGCUGGAGAUCCGAAUGAACUUGAGAGUAUCCGUGGUAUAUUUGCUCAAAAGCGCGGUCCCAAGAAUCCUUUGCAUAUCACGUCAGUGAAGGCAAACAUUGGGCAUUUGGAGGCGGCUUCUGGCGCCGCAGGGCUCGCGAAAAUACUUCUCAUGAUGGCGCACCGCACCAUUCCCCGUCUCAUCUCCCUUCAUGAUCUCAACCCGCGCAUUGCCCCUUUAGAUGCGGACAACACGAUCAUCGACAGAGUCCAUACCACUUGGGACCCUUCUCAUGACGGUCAGACGAGGAUGGCGCUCUUGAAUAACUUUGGUGCUGCUGGUUCGAACACUGCUACCUUAGUGGAAGAGUUCGUUCGUCCUUCGCUUGUUCAAACUGAAGUUAUUCCUCUUGUUUUCGGUCUGUCUGCAAAGACGGACACUGCCCUGGAGCAACUCCGGACGAAAUAUAUCAGGUGGCUCCAGAGUUCAGAGAGCGCCGACGUGCGGCUAGCGGAUAUUGCGUACACGUCUACUAGUCGUCGUCAGCUCUAUGAGCAUCGUACGGCGGUGGCUGCCUCUACUAAGGACGAACUUAUUGAGAAAUUGCAGAAAGCAAAGUUUGUCCAGUCUCCCAGCCAAGAAGGAAAAGUCGUUUUCGUGUUCUCUGGGCAAGGUGCUCAGUACCUGGAGAUGGGGCGUGGCCUUUAUGCAUCAUCCCCGAUCUUUAAAUCUCACAUCGAUGAAUGUCAUUCAUUCCUUACCGCAUCUGGGUUCUGUGGUGUAUUGCCUAUCAUUGCUCCUGGACCCAACGGCACGGGUCUAACGGAGACCCAGGAAUUUGAAGCAUAUCAAGCGGCCAUUUUCGCAUUGGAGUAUGCUCUUGCCAAAUUGUGGAUGUCAUGGGGCGUGAAACCGAUAGCUGUGGUUGGCCACAGUCUGGGAGAAUAUGCAGCGCUCGUCAUUGCCAAUGUCCUAUCGUUGCGGGGUGCCCUUACCAUCAUUGCUCAUCGUGUGCGUCUUAUGGUGACGAAAUGUGUCGUCUCGUCAACCAGCAUGAUUGCCGUCAACCUGGCGCAAUCGUUGCUUCAGGACAUUUUGAAAACGGUCACUUUCGAUAAGUUGAGCAUUGCCUGUUUCAACAGUCCGGUUGAUUGUGUCGUGUCCGGUCCAUUGGAGCAGCUGCGCGCAUUGAAAGAGCACUUGGAUACAGUGGUCCAUUGCAAGAAUGUUCUUCUUACCGUUCCGUUCGGGUUUCACAGCAUUGCGAUGGCGCCUAUCCUUGAAGAACUCGAUGCCGUCGCCCUGAACGUGACUCUCAGAGCUCCAACGAUCCCUAUCAUCUCCAAUGUGCAUGGCGAUGUUGUGCACCCUGGCGACGCGUCCAUCUUCGACUCCCAGUAUUUCUCCAGACAUUGCGCCGAGCCAGUCCAAUUUGAUCGUGGUAUUCACGCGUUGACGGCUCUACCCGAGUGCUCCAAAAUUGACGCGUGGUUGGAAAUUGGUCCCCACACCACAUGCCUCCCAAUGAUCAAAGCGAUCACCGCACCUCUUGGCGCGCCUCUACUUCUCGGUUCCAUCCGGAAGCAGCAGGAUCCUUGGGCAACACUCACGACAACUUUGGCUCAGCUCUACCAGACGAACGUGUCCGUGUCGUGGCGAGAGACGUUCUCUCAUGUACCAGAUGUGGCGUGCAUCAGUCUCCCCUCGUAUCCCUUUGCGCCGUCAAAGUUUUGGGUCACUUUCAAGGAAGAAACGGCUGUCGAGAAGGUUUCUCGAAUGGAGGUUCCCGCGAAGCGGACUAUUUCCAAUUCUGCCCUCUUGCAUGAAUGGGUCCAGGAACCGUCUCCGGCAAACGCGUUUACUUCCAUUUUCGAGACGCCUAUCAGUCAACUGGCUGGCUCGAUUACGGGACAUCGGGUUGCAGGCAUAGCUUUGUGUCCUGCCUCCGUGUAUCUGGAACAGUUAUUUGCUGGGAUCGAUUUGUCUCGUGCUCAUUUGGGCUCUCAGUCUAAUGACAAGCGCGCGAUCCUCCGGGGUAUCAAGUUCGUGCACGGUUUGGUAUAUGACGAGGCCGUCGCGCGCAUUGUUGUGACGGUGAUCACUUUGACCGGAGACUCGGGCUCUUUCAGCGUCAGUUCGCGAGUAGAAGGUUCGAACGAGCAGACUUCGCAUGCCUAUGGAGAGUUCCGUCUCCAGUCUGAGACUGCCACUCUCAGUAAAUUCUCUCGUGCCCUUCCCACCAUCAACCGCCACAUCGCUGCGGUCACGAAGCCCGGAUCGCAACAGGAAACUUUCUCGACGAGGACUGUGUACGAUGGAUUGUUCCAACGUGUUGUCGACUAUUCCAAGGAAUACCAUACCAUGCAAUCCCUAACGAUCGACGCUAGUCAUAUGGAAGGAUGCGCGCAAGUCCGCCUUCCUCGUGAUCACGACAAAGGACCAUACGUCGUGCACCCGGUGUUCAUGGAUACUUUACUUCAUGUUGCAGGUUUCGUGGCGAAUAUGCAGGGUGAACGGAAUGAUGCAUUCAUCUGCACUGAAGUCGACUCUGUCAAGGUCAUUCCCCAAUUCGUCGAUACGAAUGCAGAGUAUGUUGUGUACUGCAGCAACGUGUGGGUGGAGAAUGAGGGUGCUAUUCUUGCGGAGGCAUGGGCGUGCCAGAAAGGAGAGCCUUCUCGGGUUGUGGCCUGUAUGAAAGGUAUGCAGUUCCGUCGGCUUAAACUCGACGCGUUUUCGCGUCUCCUUGCCAGCGCUGCAGGAAACCCUAUCCAAUCGUCUGUGCCCAAACCUUCUCUUAAGCCUGCCGCCCCUGCAGCUACUCGUCGUCCUUCUGGACGCCACCACCGUUCUUCCGAACCAGAUGCACUCAAUAUUGAAUCCACGGUGUUGACAAUCGUGGCUGAGACCUGCGAUGUCAGCUCUUCCUCCGUUUCAACUACCACGGAUCUCGAGGCUAUUGGUGUCGACUCCCUUAUGUCCAUAGAGAUCUUCGCGCGACUCCAACAAUCCUUCUCGGAGUACAAUCUUUCUGCUAAUUCUCUGACAUCUUGUCGAACAACGGGGGACAUUAUUCGUGAAGUCACGGCUAACCGACCAUCGCAUGCCACGAGUAUCCCGUCGUCUCCGACUAUUCGUGCCGCGACCAGUGUCCCUUCUUCACCAGCGACGCUCUUUUCGGACGAUCAGCUCCCAGAGCCGACCCAGUUAUCCGUCGAUGAUGAGCCCGAUAUUAAGAGUGUCCUUGCCACGGUUUUGGACAUUAGUGUCGACGAUAUCAAGGACGACACUGAUUUCGAACAACUCGGUUUGGAUUCGCUUACCUCGAUCGAAGCACUUCAUUCGCUGAAAAGUGAACUGGGACUAGACCUUCCGAGCGACUUCUUCACGACGUGCAAUACGGUUCGUGCCGUUCAAGCCCACCUGCAGCGUUAUCGUCAGGCAGCGAAGAAGGUAGUGGCGAGUAUUUCUGCAUCGAAGAAACUGGAAGGUGACAAUGCCAGUGCGUCGUCUCACCUUGUCAAAAGUCUACGCCUCGAAUCCCUCCCUUCCUCUAUCCAAAACCGUCCCGGUACCGACGCCCUUCCUCUUUUCUUAAUCCAUGAUGGUAGCGGCUUAGUCAACUAUUACUCUCGCCUUCAACCGUUGGCUCGGUCAAUCUACGGGAUUCACAAUCCCCACUUUAUUUCAUCCCAGCCUUGGGAGAAUGUGGUCGAAAUGUCGCAGGCAUACGCCAAGGUCAUCUCUCAGGUUUCGAAGGGACCAUUCCUGCUCGGAGGGUGGUCGUUCGGUGGUGUCGCCGCGUAUGAAACUGCUCUCCAACUCCAGAAACAAGGCAUCGUCGUCAAGGGCAUCCUUCUCAUUGACUCUCCCAAUCCCAUCAACCACGUCCCUCUUUCGAAAUCGCUGAUCGACGCCGCAGUGCAACUCGAUUCUCGGAGCAGCGCGUCUGAAGUUGGCCAGCUUGUCAAAAAGCAAUUCGCUAUGAACGCUGCGAUGCUUAAGGAUUACGACCCUCGUUCGACGGAUGGAGUAUGUCCUCCUCUUGUCCUCCUUCGAUCCAGUGAGGGCUUCAAUCCCGAGGGCGUUGCUGACGUUCCGAGAUGGCUUUCUGAUCGAAGUGAAGCAAAGAAUGCCACAGCGGGUUGGGACACGCUGACUCCUUCUCCCGUGAAGGUGUUCGAUAUACCUGGGAACCACUUCCAACCGUUUAACACCGCUAACAUUGCUUCUGUUUCGUCUAAAAUGGCUGAUGCUUGUCGAUAUCUGGAGGGUGGUGUAUAA